GGUCGAGGGGGCCGUGACAGACAAGUCACAACACGCGAGGGAAACUGUUCAAAAUGGAGUGUUAGGAACACGUUCAAAGUUGUGUAGAUUUUCAGUGUUAUUGAAUGAAAGGUUUCUGCUUCGGUCGCUCCCAGUUGCGUACUUACUUCAGCCGCGUAAGGAUUGUGAAGGUUGUGUGAGGCGUCUCGAGAGUUAUUUUGAAAGUGACGCAUAAAGGCAGUGGGGCCGUUGGAAGUUCGUUACUUUCGAAUCAGUUCAUUGUUCCUUCAAAAUAUUGUUGACACACAACCAAACACUAUGGAAAGAUUUACAUCAGUGCCUGGGUCGCCUAUGACUGACACACCAAUAUGUGACAGUGACGAAGAAGUGUUUUUUGGACCUGUGACUACUAAGGAACUUAACAAAGCCUCCCAAUUAAAACGGCGAACGCAGUUUUAUUUCCCAACAUUUAACUGGAAACCAAGCACUCCCCUUAACAAUGCAGCCAAUUCAAUUGAUGAUAAAGAGAGUGGUACUAAAACUACAUCAUCAGAUACAACAGAUCGGGCCAAUUUGUCACUUUCUGCUGAUUCUUUGGAGACUGAAAGUUUUGUCACAAUUUCUGACAGGCCAGAAGAUAGUUCGAAAGGAGAAUUUUGCUCAGCACUUUCUGGAAAUACGUCAAACUCUCAACCUUCUCUGAAUGAAGCCAACUUUUAUUCGAAGUUUUCUGAGGACAGUUUAGAGUCUGACAAGCCUGUUGGCCUUGACAAUACUGCACCAGAAAGCAUACCUAGGAUGAACUCUCACACCCCUCGGAAAGCAUCCUCCUUUUUUUCCAACAUGUCUGAAGACAGUCUUGAAAAUACGGAGCAUGCAAUGAAUGUUGCUCGACUUCAUUCUGGACUCUCAGGAAAUACCUGGAAUAAUUCUGAAGAUCUAUCACAAGAAGCACAAACAUCUAAUGAAAAUAUAGAGAGUAAGAAUGUCUCUAAUUUGAAUGAGACUCAAUCGGGGUCAGAGAGUGGCUUUAAUAAUGACUCGCUGCUGAGUACACCCAAGGUUGGUGCCAAUGGCCAACUGCUGAAACCAGGUUGCAUUGAGUCUAAGUCAAAUAAAGCGCUUACUUCCACAUACGAAGUUUUGCCAGAGAUUGAGGAUAAUGAGACUUACACAAUUGAUGAUGACUCGUGCGAAGUUAUCGAGCCAGCUGCUUCUACCAAUAUUAAUUUAUCGGAUGAAGUGCCUGUGGACAAAGAUGGAGGCUUCCUCUCAAUUUUGUCUGAAGCUGCCUUGUAUCAUGCUUCACAGCUUAAAGAAAAUGAAAAUGUGCCCUUUCAUGGUGCGGAAGAUUCUACCUCUACAACACAGUCCCUUGAAGAUCGCUUUAAAAUGUUUGGCAUUGGUGCUAACGAUCUUGAGGAUCAGCAGCUUUCAAAUUCUAUCAUGUAUACGACUGGAAGGGAGAGCAAUGUCCUCUCUUCUGAAACUGAAUCUAAUACUUACUACACUGGCUUAAAUAGUGGUCCUGGUAGCUCCUUCAGUUCUGAGGAGCAUUAUAAUAAACAAUCUGUGGAAAAUCUAGGGAACUGUGGUGCUUCAUACUCUCAGUAUGAGGAAGAGUCCACAGAAUGUAGAGAAAGCAGUGUGGUAAAUGUGACGAGUGGGAGUGAAAGUACAUCAAGCAAGAUGCAAUAUUCAAAUGUACUCAACCAGCCCAUUUCUAACGGUACUUUAGGGAGUGCUGGUAGUACUUUUGAAAGUUCCAAUCAUGAGAACUCCUCAUCCAAUGAAGUUCAUCCUUGUAGUGAGAAUGAGGGUGAGGCAAUGGAACAUACAGAUAGUUAUGAUAAUGAAAGCUCUGAGAUAUCUGGUGUGUGCAGGUUGAAUUCAGUUUCUGAAAACCAGAGUAACUCUUCAAUUCAGUCUUGUCAUGAUGAGGAUGUGUUGACUAAUGACUCUGACGUCUCAUCUUAUGCGGGAGAGUUGAAUGACACUCUUGAGGAGUAUGAAAUGAUGAUGCGUUACGGUGUGGAAUAUAUCCUUGGCCGUAGAGGCAACAAGAAAGGUAAAAAUGCUGAAAAGGAUGAGGAAAAUCCCACAGUGUCUCCAUCUCCUCUUGAACAGAAUGUGUCUCCUUUGCAUAAGGCUCCCUUGAUGCCAAAGACUGUGAGUUCACCCCAUACUCAUCAACAGAACUCAAGUGCGAGUUCAUCUGAGUACCAUGACGCAGUGGAUGUGUCUCCAAGGCUGAAACAGACAAGUUCUUGCAGAACAAAUGACCAUAAGGGUAUCUCUCCUUUGCACAAGCAGCUUUUCAAACAUACACCCCAGAAAAAUGUCAAGAACAUGCAGGGUGUCUCUACCAAGGGAAGCUCUAACAAGCUCCCAUCAAAGCUCCCUCGUGUAGCCUCUAUGACCCCUACAAAACUGGUUCCCAUGACAUCUCCUCAGACCCCCAAGCAAUUUGUUCGUCCUAUGACAUCGUCUUCAGAAAGUAAGAUCACUUCCAAAUAUCAGAGGCCAGUAACACCUAGUUCAGAACCUAAGAUUGGUUUCUUCAAAAAGCCAGUGGCCCCAGUUGCAGGUGGAAGUCGCAUACCCAAAAACUUUACCUCAAAACCUAAUAACAAGGUAUUGGAGAAUAUUCAGAGUCCUGUCGGUGCUUACAUUCACAACAGCCCCUCACCGGUACUUGUUACAAACAUUAAAGGCAAGUGCUCAGACCGAUCUGGGUUUGAAAAAGAAAUGCAUGCCCGUGCAUUAUGGCGGGCUGGUGAGGUGAAAUCAUCAAUUCCAAAACCAACAAGUUCUCAGGUAUCAAACAUGGAAAACAUAAAUCCCAACAUUGGCUGUGGUCUUCCACCAGUCAAAUAUACGAAGGCACCAUGCGUCAAAUUGGAUGAGGCAACAAAGCUCCCAGUUCCCAAGGGUGGAGAAAAAAUUAGUAAACUUAUGGAUGCCCCUGCUCCACAAGUUAUUAAACAUGAGGGUCGUGUUCGCGUGAACUGUGGAAGUCCCCAGCUGGCAGCCAGAAUGCAUUCUAUGGCAGAUACAUUUGAUGAUAGUUUGAUUGAUGUGCAUUCAGUGUCUGGUGACAUAUCUGUCUGUGUGAGCCAAGAUGCUUGCCGUACAAAUACUUUAGGGCAUCAUUAAUUAAUUUUUGCCAUCAAUUCCAUAUGUACAUAAAAAAUAUAUUCUUGACAUGUGUCACAGAUUUCACUAACAAUCAACCAUUGCUAGAUUGCCUUGAUUUAUGUAAAAAGCUAGAGAUACAUAUUCCUGCCAGCAUAAUGGUUAAAUCAGGACUACAUAUCUUGUAGGCCUCCUUUAGUCUAAUAUCUUUAAUCCCACUUCAUGGUAUUUCAGGUCUAUCUGUCAACUACUAGUGUAGUGUAUUUCAUUAUAUUGGCAGUUUUCUGUCAGCCUUCUGUUGUCUAUGCAAGUGAGUUCCUUUGCUUAUAAUCAAUAUGAUGUGUGUACAAAGUUUUAAUAAUUUGAAUGUAACUUGCAAA